AUGGCGGGGGUCAGUUCCCCCGAGGACCGCAUGCGCCACCUCGUUGCUCGGGACCCUUCCGCGGCCUUCGUUCCGCCGUCGCUCGCCUCUUCCGCCUCCGCCACCUUGCGCUGCCCGCAAUGCGCCGCGCCGAUAUCCGUCCCACAGUCCACAGCCCGCGCAACAGGCGCGGAUGGCGCAGCAGUAGGCGCCCCAGGCCAUGGGGGAGCUUCCGCGCGCACAUGGGGAGGCGGAGCGGGGGGAGGCGGAGGGAUCAGCGGAGGCGGAUGGCGCAUGGCGCCCUUUAUGCGGGAUAGCCUUGCCACGCUCGGCACAGCCAUGGGAGGAACUAUUGCAUCCGUCUAUGCUUUCAACGCAGUGAUGCCUCGGUUGGGAAAGCGCAUCCCAGGAUCAAGGGGACUGCAAUAUCUUUUGGGGGUUCCGCCAGUGGCAGUGGCUGCGGCAGCAGGUGCAGGAGUGGGAGCCGGCACCCUCCCUGCACUCAUCCAGCUCUGCAUGUCAGCAUACUAUGUCACAUCCGCGUCAACACACGCUGCUGUCAGUGUGGCAGAGCAAAGGGUCAUGGCUAAUGCUAGUGGUGCUGCUGGUGGUGCUGCUGGUGGUGCUGCUGCUGCUGGUGCUAGUGGUGGCGCUGCCUCAACGAGAGAAGAGGUGGGUCCUGCUUGUUAG